AUGUUUAUGAUUGUCACAUUUGUAACCUUGCUAACAGGAAUAAAUUUUGGAGAGGCACUACAGAGCACGUGUGUUCCAAACACACAGUUCUUACUGAAUGGCCGACUAUGCUACUGCAACAAUCUUGGACGAUGGAGCGAAGUCACCUGCCAACAGAUAGGGCGUCCACAAAGUUGUCAGCCGGGCCAGAUCAUAUGGGAAGAGUGCAGUCAAUGCAUUUGCCAAGAAAAUGGGAAACUAAUGUGCACAAAUACAGAGUGUUCUGACGACGGUACUAAAAAUAAUGUGACUAACCCAGAAUCUGGAGCAGAGCUGUGGUGUACACCGUUCAGGUCUUAUUACAUAAACUGCAGUCUUUGUGUGUGCCCGGCGUCCGGGAAGAUGUCCGAAGCCCGAUGUGCUACCGACUCAUCUUGCUCUCUAAAAGGACCCAACGUAUCAAUAGAUGUGAUCACAAAAAAAGUUUGCAUACCAAAAGUCAUGUACUUAUUCACCUGUCUCCACUGCUUAUGUUCUGAUGACGGGUUCUUCGUCCAAAGCAAAUGCGUGGAAACCUGUCACAAAGCGCCCGAGUCAAGAAAAUGUAUCCCUCGAACAUUUUAUAGAGUUGGUUGCAAUGUCUUUAGAUGUCCCGAAAAUGGUAUUCCUGAUGAGAAAUUGAGUUCAAGGACUAAGUGUCCAGAACGAACUAGUCCUUUAAGUUCAUUGAGCAGUUUAAGGAAUGUUUCAAGUGUGUGUACACCCAACAAAUUCACGAAACCAAAAUGUAUCUACUGUGAAUGCAAUUCUCAUGGAGCUGUGAACGAAAAGAGCUGCUUAGAACAAGAAUGUUUGAAGCUAAGCGAUUUCAGCUACGAUUUUGUCAAGAGUACAUGCAGUCCUGGGGAGCUGGUACCUACGUGCAUGGAAUGUUUCUGCCUCAAAAGUGGUUUCACUGAAGAAAAAUAUUGCACAAGAGUUUGUUCGUUACAGAAUAAACUGAUAAUGCUAGAGCGUGUUCUUAAGGAAACGAUCAGUUUUGUAGAGAGAAGUGCUAUUAAAGAUAUUACUGCCAGUGAAACCUGCGAUCCGAACUCAGUCUUCAUCGACCACGGGAGAUAUUGUUUGUGUCCAGAUAAUGGUAAUACAAAAUUUAAACUAUGCUCAUCUGUGACGGAUGAUUCUGGCCGAAAGAGAACACUUAGGGUUUUAGGAGACAAAUCAAAUGUAAUAGACUAUAAUGCUACUUGCGAACCUAAUACAUUCAUUGAGUUCGGUUGCAAUACUUGUUAUUGUACUACGGAUGGUAAGAUUGAUCAGAAAUGGUGCACUUUUGAUGAUUGUGAAGCAAAAAUGACAAUACAAGAGGCUCACAAGGAUGACGUUCAGCCUUUAACUACAGUAUCGAUCACCUCCACUUGUGUUUCAGGCGCUAUAGCUAAAGUCGAUUGCAAUUUUUGUAUUUGCGGUGCAAGUGGAUUGGUAAAAGAUAGAUCAUGUACGAAUAAUACUUGUGGCAGUCAACUCAAGAACGUAAUUGUAGCAGACUUUGCGUGUGAGCCAGCAGCUUACUAUACAGUUGACUGCAACAUUUGCUUCUGUGGGACGGAUGGUGUUAAAAACGUGAACAAAUGCACCAAAAAUCAAUGCGAGCCUAAUUUCUUACGUUCAGAUACUUGUACUCCCGGGGAAUUAUUUAGUGAUGACUGCAACAUAUGUAUCUGUCCUCCAAACGGCGAGAAGAAAGACAAAGCGUGCACAAACAGAACUUGCUCUGAAACAGACACACCUUGGAAAAAAAUAUUCAAAUUGUCUCAGUCUUUGUUAGGUAACCAGCUUGUAGAAGACACAACUAGGAAUUUAGAGCUUUGUUUUCCUGGUGAAGAGUUUAAGUUAGGUUGUAAGAUUUGUGUGUGUCCAGAAAUGGGCUUAAAAGAAUACGCAAACUGUUCCCCUGCGCUUUGCGAUAAUGAGAAGGCUAUAAGUACUACUAAAAGUCCCGGUGGAAUCCGAGGAGACUAUAGUGAAGACCUUUUCGACGAAGAAUUUAAUGGUGGCGACAAUGCUGGUGGGGACGAGAUCGUGGAUGAAUUAGAUGAUGUCGUUGAUAUAGCUGGCAGUUAUAGAAAUACUGGCGAAGAAGAAGUUAUGAUAUCGAGAAGAUUAUUGAACUGUACAACGUAUAAUGUAUCUGAUAGUUCUCCAAGACAACAGUGUACUGCAGGGUCGCAGUAUAUUAUAGGGUGUCAGAUUUGCAUAUGUCCUUACAUGGGAAACAUCAAAUAUUUUUGCCGGCCUAUGCCAGAGACCCAAUACUGUGAACAAGCAUUUCCUGGGAUUAACUAUGUGCCCAUGGGAAGAAGGACUGGUGAAAAUUCUUCGAACAACACAACAAUAAAACCGAAGUUUCCUAUCCAAAUCAAGGUUCCUCACAACCAUACUAUGCAUAAAUGUGAAGAGCCAGGCAAGGUGACUGACGAAUGUUUCUUCUGUGAGUGUGAAGCCGACAGGAUCUUAGUAGAAGAACAUUGCUAUAAGAGUCUAAGCGAUGCCUGCGUUGAUGCUACCCCCACCUUCAUUAAAGUCGGCGAAUAUCCCAUCUUCAUCAAAAAGACUACAAAGUGAUCUAUUUAGCUUUUAUGAA